AUGAAGAUCACCGGUCCUCUCGUCGAGAUGCUAGCUCGCAACAAAUUAUUCGCUCAGAAAUAUCAAUCACCACCUCCCCUUAUGGAGAUGAUCAAGGGGAUGCGCGCCUCCGGAGCUGGUGUCGUCGUCCUGUCUUGCUCAGACCCUCGUCUAAAUCCCUAUCAGGUUUUGGGCAUUGAUCCCACCCUGAAGGCAACUAUGAUUCGUAAUGCUGGAGGAAGAGCAUUCGAUGCUAUCAGAACCAUGGCUGUUCUUCAGACUAUUGGAGCACCUGGAACGAUUGUUGUCAUGCACCAUACUGAUUGUGGUAUGACGCAUUUCCAUGAUUCGGCCAUCAAGACAGCAUUGCUCGAGAUUGCGCCCGAGGCGAAGGCCUCAAUCGAAACUGCCAAGUUUGGAGAGAUCACUGGCUCAAUUGAGGACAGCGUCAGAGAAGACAUCGCUCUCAUCAGAGCUUCUCCCUUGAUCAAGAAGACCACCCAGAUCGUGGGACUCAAAUAUGAUAUCCACAGCGGUGUCCUCACCCAGGUGGAUGAGAACAAGAGCGAGCUGUAG